UUCUGGGCCUCUUGUUAAUACUGAAAUGCCUUGCCUUUAGAUUGGAUAGUAGGAAUGAAAAAUUCAGGACAUGGAGGGAAACACCAGCAAUGGCUGAUGGUUCUCAUUCUCUCUUGCAGAGUAUGCCAAGGGAUCUGCUGUUCUCUUAUGACCACCUCACAAAGGACAGUGGAGUCAUCCUAGUGGAGAUUCUCUACUGCUACCCACCCAUGGCCACACACUCCAUUCUUCAGGCCACCAUCUGGACCCACCAUGUCCACUUUCUGGAAGAAAAGGUCCUCCCGCAUGGGGCAACCUUCACUAUCUGGAAUGUAGGCAAGCAAGGGUCGAAGGUUGUUGCUUAUUGUGACACGGCUGCAAAGAAGAUGGAGAAGGCCUUCUCGCUAGGGGGCUCUCUGGAAAGGCCCAAGCCUGGGGUUUGGAUCCUGCACUUCCCAGCAGCCGGGGUGCCCGUCAUCAUCUGCUAG